CGCUCCCAGCUGCCCAAACCCUCCCACAUUUUAGUAUUUUUGCGCUGCCGGUGACCUCACGAUUAAAAAAAAAAAUACAAAUAAAAGUUCAGUUCCUGGACGGUUUCUCGGCUUCUCUUUGCUUAACGGACAAGCUUCGCACUCCAGUGACGUCACUUCAGCUCUUGAAUCAUACUCGGCGACAUUGGGACGCGAACGUGUGGCCGACGCGUCGUUUGUAGCUCCACCAGCCGCGGCGGGCUCUCGGGCAGACAAAGCGCAGCGUGGACCUCAGUGCGAGGAAGGGGGUGUUGGUGGAGAACAGGACCGAUUUACGUUGGGCGUGGUAGACGAAAGGAAAAGUCGUCUUUGCUUCCAGCUAAAGUUAAAAGAAAGUAGCGGUAGCCAUGUCACUGUCGGUACCGCAAAACGGCGUAAAGGCGGACAACGAGCCUGUUAUCGAGCUGUUUGUCAAGGCAGGAAGCGAUGGGGAGAGCAUUGGAAACUGUCCCUUCUCCCAACGGCUCUUCAUGAUCCUGUGGCUUAAAGGCGUCGUCUUCAACGUCACGACCGUGGACCUCAAGAGGAAGCCUGCAGAUCUGCAGAACCUUGCCCCAGGUACCCAUCCUCCCUUUGUCACCUUCAAUGGCGAGGUCAAAACAGACGUCAACAAGAUCGAGGAGUUUCUUGAGGACGUCCUUUGCCCGCCCAAGUACCUCAAACUUGGCGCGAGACACCCGGAGUCAAACACAGCUGGUAUGGAUAUCUUUGCCAAGUUUUCAGCCUUCAUUAAGAACUCAAAACCAGAUGCAAAUGAAGCUCUGGAGCGCGGGCUGCUGAAGACCCUGCAGAAGCUGGAUGAAUAUCUCCGCUCACCUUUGCCUGAUGAGAUUGAUCACAACAGCAUGGAGGACGUGAAAGUUUCCACCCGCAAAUUCUUGGAUGGAGAACAAAUGACCCUGGCUGACUGCAAUUUGCUGCCAAAGCUGCAUAUUGUCAAGGUGGUGGCCAAGAAAUACCGAGGUUUUGACAUCCCCAAGGAGAUGACUGCCAUUUGGAAGUACCUGAACAACGCCUACACGCGUGAAGAGUUCACCAACACCUGCCCCAGUGACAAGGAGAUCGAGAUCGCAUACGCAGAUGUAGCCAAGAGGCUCGUCAAAUAAGCUCACGUCUCGAACCCUCCUCCCCCGGUACCGCUACACGCCCACUGCGCAGCACAUGGACUGAAGUGCUAACAUAUGAGAAAGAAUAACUCUACAUAUCUUCCCCCCUUUCCCAACUCCUCACCCAGCAAAUGUCUCAGUUUAACAUGAAUCGCUUUUGUUUUUUUGGUUUUCUGAGGAAUUGUGAGGCACUAGCACAGUGAAGCAGCCAGCCCAUUGUUAUCAGUGCUUACUGAAUUCAGGAUCCCGUUCACGCUUUGAUAAGUGACCUUCAAAGUGACCUUCUCUCUGCAUGCAGAGGAAAGGCACUGUUUGUUUGUUUGGUUGCAAAACCAUCAUAAAAUGAACUCUGAGAAGCAUUUUUUCCAGUCUUUUGGCUUGUGAACAGUGUUUAGUCUUUCAGUGUUUUUGACACUAAUCCAAACCUGUGUGAUCUAAUUGAUCUGCUAAAUCGGGUCUUAUAAUUCCAGGUAGAGAGAGCUGGUAUCCAAAUAGGUGAAUUAUUAUUUUUUUUAAUCUCUGCAGGCAAAACCUCUCAGGAACAGUAAGAACCUGAGGGCUAACGUUUCCAUGCAGAUAUGUAGCUUACAAAUAGAUGUCCACUCAUGCCUUGUAUGAUUCACCACAUUGCCACAUACAGAAAAUGUCCACCGAAACAGCAACACCAAAAAGCACUCCGUUAGCAGGUUUCUGAAACAAAGCGUUUGGCUGGAGUAGCAGUGCAGCUGACAGAAAAGGGGCACAUUAUUCUUUUCCAGCUGUGGAAGAUGGCUCCCGUCAUGCAAACAAGUGAAGUAGAAAACAUGUAAAGACGCCAACCUGCGGUCAAGGUGACAAACUAUUUAUGAUGCAAAACGAAUCAAUCAGAAUGGCAUCAAAACAUCUUCAGUCAGUUUAUUAAUCUUGAAGUAGUGAAUGUAUUGAUGAUCACAGUAGCUCAAAAAGUGCUUUAGCGUAUAGUACGGAAAAGCAAAACAUGAUUUUCUCCCACAGUUUCCACAUUUUUGUUAGGAGACAAAUUUGCUUAAAGGAAUUGUAAAUAUUGUUUGAUUGCUCAAGUUUCACUAUGUACAUUUUAUACAUUACAUGGUCACAUUUUGAAGAAACCGACCCAUUCCUGCCCACUCAGAUUUGCAUUUUAGAUCAGCUUUCAUUUCUUUGCCUUACUUGUUGUCUUUGCAGAGUAAUUUUAAUUCAAUGUCUGCCGUUGCAUCAAGGUAUCAAAGUUGUGCUCUGUUUUGUUUUUAUUUUGUUUUUUCCAUUACCAAAUUUAAAUAAACUUAUUGGCAGUGUUUGAUAUGUGC